AAAAAAACAAUUACAUAAAAAAAUGAUAAAUUGUUUACAUAAUUAUUAAAAAUAAAAAUAGAUAAAAUCUAUAAUCUUCUACUCGUACGCUUCGGAUUUCACCACUCUUAAUGCUUUGGUUUCUGAACAACCAAUCAAUGAAAAGUGAUAAGAUAAGCCAAACUCACUUUUUUUCCCAAUUCCAACCUUGAAACCCAUUCACCAGUAUCAUCCCCUCCCCUGGCUUGGCCCACCGCCCCCGACACGCCUCCCCACCAUCUAUGUCGCGAUUUCCCGCACCAAGAAAGCGGUGACGUUUCCGUUCUCCGGGACGACGAGGCUGAUGAAGGAGGUGGUUUUGAUGCACAAACGUGAAUCUUUCAAGGAAGGGCCUUAAGAUCUCUUUUUUGGCAGCUGAACCCCUCCUGUGACGACAUCGUAAGGUGCAUUCGUAAGGUGCUUUUUAUUCUCCCAUUAUUUACGUUUGUAUGUUUAAUGCUUUUUUGAGUUUCUUUUACAGCUAGAGCAGAAACAAAAAUAUGCAGUGUGGAAAGCCGCCGAAAUAAGAAAAGCUUUGAAAGAAGGAAGGAAGUCCAGUGCUGGCCCCCCUGAUGGUGAUGAGGACCUCUCAGUUCCUUUGAGUUCUUCAAGUGAAUAAGUUGCAGAUUUUGGUUUAUCUGCACAGUUAACAAGAGCUAUAUGAAGGAGAAAGGAGAGCCAGAAAGAAACGAGAAGGUAGUUGUGGCCUUACGUCAACCCCCGAAAAAACUCCUUUCGAAACGACGACGUUAGCUCCAGAUCCCUUCAAAUUUGGUUGCAUCCUGACUCAUGCCCAUAGCAAGCGCUUUCUCCCUCCUUCAAUAUGCAAUUAGCACGAUGGCGAAACUUGUCAUCUCUAAAGACUCACGUUAUUGCCUCUGUUACGCAUUUCUCCCAGUUUCAUUCCACUCCUUGUUCCUGUCAGAAGUGGAACAACAAAUUCAACUCCGAUGUAAAAAAAGGUCAACAACCAUCUAAGAAUCACAUAAAAUUUAUUACACGUCAGAAGCGUGCUGACGCAAAGAAAGCUCUCAAUAGUCUUCUUUACAAUAAUGGAGCCUCUAAAUUUUCUUUUGAGGAAAAGUAUGGAUACCAAGGUAGAUUUUCCAAUAAAGAUCAACCAAAGUCUGGUCAACCAAAAUCUGGUCAACAUUCUGGUGGAAAACCACAAAAGAAAAGUAAACGAAAAAUCAGAAGAGAAAGUUUCUCCGAGGACUUUGACGGCCAUACUGAGCAAAUAUUCCAGGCAACAUUUGGUAACAAAUGGUAUACAUGGUCCUUCAACGAUUGGAGAAGUUCUUCCUCUGAACAUUCCACAUCUGGGUUUGAAUGGAGGGAACAUUCAAAUAGGACAAACAAGUGGAAAAAUGAAAGUGAUACUGAGCAUGAAGAUGAUGACUCUUGUUGUGAAGGAUCAAGUUCUGAUAGAACUGUUCUGGGUCUGCCUCCAACAGGUCCAUUAAAGAUUGAAGAUGUUAAAAAUGCUUUCCGGUUAUCAGCUUUAAAAUGGCAUCCUGAUAAGCAUCAGGGCCCUUCCCAGGCAAUGGCUGAAGAAAAAUUCAAACUGUGUGUAAAUGCAUACAAAACAUUAUGCAAUGCUCUCGCCCCAUCUUAGGUGGCUUGUUACAGCUUCAAGUCAGUAAAGAUAUCCAUCUCAAUUGAUCAAUGUUGUACGAUUAAAUUUAUUAUUUUGGGUUGGCAUUUAAUUCACAGUAAGGUCAUAAUUGCACUCUCUUAGUGGAAAAGAAGUUAAUUUUUUGACGCAAAUAUAAUUUUCCGACUAUGGGAUUCUCCCUUAGAGUUA